GCCGCUCUUAUGCCAACUUCGACAGAUUUUAUAUCUAAAUCUAAAAGAGAAAAAUGCUGGGAAACACGUGAUGCAUUUUGGGAAUGUGUUAUUGAUGUAAUUUCAAAAAAUUCAGAACCUGAUGACAAGUUGAUAAGAAAACAAUGUAGCAAACAAAGAAAACUUUACGAAGAAAUGUGUCCACGAGUAUGGGUCGAUUUUUUCGAUAAGAAGAAAGAUUUUGAACUUUUCAAGGCUAAGAAAUUUGAGAUGGAGUUGUUACAUAGCGCGAGUUCACAGAGUUAGUGGUUGCACUCAGUAUUUUGAAGAUUUUAUCACUAAACAACACCAAUUGCAAUACCAUUGAGAAAUGAGGAAUGCCGUCCAAUCCAAAUAUAAAGCGACGGAAAUUCUUACUCACUUCAUUCGAUGGUAUCCAAUUAAAACUUUUGGUUUGAAGCAAGUCGGACAACACUCAUCUAAUGACUCUAAAUAUGAUGAUUAACGUAUUCAUAUCUCCCACCUUGUGUUAUACGACCAUUACUAAAUAUUAUCAGUGUACAGCUCUCUCAUUCUCUACUGAGUUAAUAUCAACGGUUAUGGUUUCUCACUGCAACUUAGGAAAAUAAUGGAUCAGAACGAACUAAUCAAGCUUUGUCACUGAACUCAACACCACGUAUUACACUAUUUGUGCAGUCUCAGUUACCCAAAGUCCCUCCCAACUGUACUUACAAAUCCGCAUAUAUGUUAGGAAGCGAGAUCAAUCGAUUCCUCUUAGAAUGUCUUGCAUAUCUGCAGACCAGGCUCCAGGUAGUCUGUAAGUGUGAUUGUACACCACACAAAGAUAUUAUUACUUUGUAUCCACUAUUUUUAGUAGACUGGAAUCCAGAAACCUUCUGCAUAUAAAGUGGAACAGUCGUCAACACAAUAUUGCUUAAUUAUAAUAAUCAGCAUUUUGAAAAUAUAUUGAUUUCACUGAACCUUUUUUAUGAUUCUUUUCCUCUACAUAUGAGUAAAACCUUUGCUAGUAUUAGGAAAACUGUUAGAAGCAUAUAUGAUAUGUUGUACAAUCUUCCAAAACAAUUAUAAAUGUAAAGCACGUUGAUUAUAUAAAUUGCUUAC